CGUUUCGCAUACCUCCUUUUCGCCGUCAAUAAUUGCGCUCUCGUCGUAGUGCCGCGCGAUUAUCAGCGUACGCACCACCCUCCGAUCGAAAGGAAAAGAGAGAAAGAGAGAGAGAGAGCUCCGAAACGUAGUUGGAGGCACCGGCACAACUGGAGCAAGUUCCGAGGGAAGUCUCGCGCGUGUCGUGACACCACCCCCUUUUCGUACGUCACGAGCCUUGCCGCGACGACGCUCGCCGCUGCCGUCGGCGACGAGAUCACCGUCGCGAGCAACCGAGGAGCACCGCCGUCCGCAACUGCAGCAGCAGCAGCAGCAGCAUCGUUUAUCCCCACAAUAACUACACUAUAGAGACAACAACAGCACUUCCUACUUCAGAUUCGAGCCAACUUAUUGCCGUCGCUUCCACCCCGGGCACGCGAGAGCCUCGCGACGACGACGACAACGAGUAAUCGUGCGCCGCGCGCUGCUAUGGAGUCCCAGAAUCAGGAGAUCGUAGCGAGUGGUUCGCCCGCCGAGGUGCCGAACGAUCCAGGGAAAAUGUUCAUCGGCGGCCUAUCUUGGCAGACUAGUCCAGAGAGCCUUAGAGAGUAUUUCACCAAGUACGGAGACAUCACAGAAGUUAUGGUUAUGAAAGAUCCCACCACACGACGAUCAAGGGGCUUUGGAUUCAUCACAUUCGCAGACCCUGCAAGCGUAGACAAAGUGCUGGCGCAGGGCAAUCACGAACUGGACGGCAAGAAAAUCGACCCAAAGGUAGCAUUUCCUAGGAGAACACAUCCAAAGAUGGUGACAAGGACAAAGAAGAUAUUCGUCGGGGGAUUAUCGGCGCCGACGACGCUGGAGGACGUCAAAAAUUACUUCGAACAAUUUGGUCCGAUCGAAGAUGCUAUGCUGAUGUUCGAUAAGCAAACUAACAGGCAUAGAGGCUUUGGAUUUGUCACGUUUCAAAGCGAGGAUGUCGUCGACAAAGUCUGUGAGAUCCAUUUCCACGAAAUUAACAACAAAAUGGUCGAAUGCAAGAAAGCACAGCCAAAGGAAGUGAUGCUCCCAGCGAAUCUGGCGAAGACGCGAGCGGCCAGCAGAGGCGCAUACGAUUUUAUGUGGUCUCUGGGAGCAUUACCUGAUGGUUUCCCAGCGGCAGCGUACGCGGCAUACGCAGCGGGCCGCGGCUAUUCUGGGUACCCUAGUUUCGGAUUACCCUACCCGACAGUGGAUCUAACCAAUGGACAACUCACCCCAAACAACAACACGCCCUUACUUACACAAGCACUUUCUGUGAUGAACAACUACCAGGCGGCCGCAGCGCAGGCCGGGUUCCCGCCGGCGUCGCCGCACGCGGCCGGCGGCCACGGUGGGCCGCAGGGCCGGUCUUUCCCGGCGGCCAAUUCACCGGGCCCGAUUGACAUGUACAGCUCGAGCGCCGCCGCCGCAGCAGCAGCCGCAGCCGCGGAUUCCGCAGUCGCAAGCUACGUCCAGGCCGCAGCUAGCCCGCAGCCCCCUACGACCGCGUUCCCCGCGAUCGCCGUAUCCCGUGCCCCGCUCAACUACAGUCCCGGUCCUCUAAUACCAGCGGCGUUCACUAAUGGCUACCAUUGAGCCUUGUUAAGACCUAAUAACAGGAUGGACGAGACGGCAGAACGCAGCACGGUCGCCUGAUAUAAUAAGCAACACGGACGAUUUGAGGCAGCUAAACAGUGGACGAUCUCUGGACGAAAAAAAUAACGCAUACACGCCUACUGUAUAGAUACAAAGAUAUAAAUAAUGAUCAAAAGUUGCAAUAUAUUGAAAAAUGGAUAAUGUCAAACAGAAGGCAACUAUCAAGUAAGAUCCAAUCGAUGCAACUUCGAAAUCCGGAUUGUAAAUAACCGGAUGUAAUAUUACGCGAAUAUGUAAUAAUGCAUUAAGAAAGAAUUUAGAGCAUUAGUCGAAUCCAGUUGGAUGCAACUAUAGAUAGAGAGAAGAAAAUUAAUUCUGAUGAGUAAGGGAAAAAACUGGCGCGCGACGGGGAAGACGUCCAGAGUAGGCCAGAGGAAAAAGACGAGAAAAGCGACAGGGAGACAGAAAUAGGAAGGAAGAGAUAACAACGCGCGCUGCAAUAGGCUAGUUAUGGCCGAAACUGCGUAUUGACGCCAGCCCGUUCUCC